GAAAAUCUUUACGGCUCUUGAAUUUUACCAAUAUUUGGAGACUCACUGAGUUUAAGAGAAAACAAUGAAAUCGAAGAAAACUGAUCAAAAAUUGCAAUUAAAUCUCCAAAGGAGAGUAAACUGGGUGUUGCUCAAGCUCUAUUUGUCCCUUAAAAGAUACAUUGACGGCUAAAAAUAGUAGCAUUGCGUCCUGGGCACCAUAAGUGAGACCAAAAUCCUUGAUUUACACCCGUAAGCGACGACAAAUCCCCAUCUCAGGACGAUGUACCCAUUCACAUGAAUUCGAACUAUUAUUUUUGCGUUAACGUUAGGUUUAAUGGAAUUUUUGUUAACUUCAUAUUGUCAAUAAUUUUACUAAAAUUUUCUAUAAACAAGUAAAAACUAACGAUAUUGGUGCAAUAUUUAUAUUCGCUCUGUUUUAUUUUUUCCCCAGAUUUUCAAGCUUUUAAUGCUCCAUAGAUCAUGAUUUCUGAACCAUCUCAGGUUGUCAUAAUCGCAAUACUUUCUAUUCUUGCCAUCGUCGACAUCACUGGAAACUCCCUUGUUUGUGUUGUUACUACAAGGAAUCAAGACAUGAGGAUUCCUUUCAACUAUCUUCUAGUAAACCUGGCCGUGGCGGAUAUGAUGGUGGCAAUCUUUUUUUUGCCAUUCCACAUUUUUAUCCACACGUUCACCCACCCAGAUGGCGUCGCCGGUCGGGUUUUAUGCAGUCUAGUCACAGGUGGAAGCUUCGCUUGGGUUGGAGGUGCCUGUUCCGCAUUCACUCUGGUUGUUAUCGCCAUUGAACGAUACUACGCCGUGAAUUACCCUUACGGUAACAAAGGGAAACUUACUUAUUCCAAACUGAAGGUUAUCAUUCCCGCUUCUUGGAUCUUUGCACUGAUUAUGGAAAUGCCCGGAUUCCUGAGUUCGGAUUAUGACGGGACUCUUUCCAUUUGUACUUUGGUGUUUCCUGAAGAGUGGAUGGGAAAAGCUUUCAGCGUGGUGUGGUUUUUGGUGUUUGGAGGUCUUCCCAUACCAUUAAUGGCUGUUUUGUACUCCACGGUGGUGUACGAUUUGUGGUUUACACGCAAUCAACAACACGAACUUUCCUAUCAACAACAGUGCAUUUUUGUUUACUUUCAGGGGGUACUUAAAAUACGGAAGCGCGUAACCUUGACCGCUGUUACCGUCAGCGUCAUCUUCUCGAUCUGUUGGAUGACUGACGCAGUUAUCUUCCUGUUAAGCUACCAUAGUACCACCAGCAGCCCAAGUGAUGUCACCUGGGCAAUUGCUGCCGUGAUGAUCUUGUUCAAUUCUGCCAUCAAUCCUUUUGUAUAUGCCCUGAUCAACGAACGAUUCAGGGAAAAGAUCAAAAGAUUGAUAGGCUACAGGUGGCGUUCAACAAACCAGAUUCAGGGUAUAACGGGAACCCCUCACAUCAAUCUAGCCACCAGCUCUACUCAGCCAACCCAAAUAACGGCAGAAUAGUGCUGCGGGGAUUGACGCAUAAUAACGAUAAUAACGAUAAUAACGAUAAUAACGAUAAUAACGAUAAUAACGAUAAUAACGA